GGAAAACGAAGUGCUAGUAGGAAAAUGCUAGCAUAGCAACGGGACCUGCCCAUGGCUGCUUGUCACUGAGCAUAUGUUUUUGUAAAAUAUAAAAGUAGACCAAUUAACGGUUUUGCAGCCUGUCUGCAUUUUGAGAAGAUGCGAGCGCGCUCCAAGCCCUUCCUGAGCUGUUUGAGCUGUCUGGCUGUAGUCCUGCUUGUUUUGGGGAAUGCCUCGGCAUCCGAGUUCAAUCCGUACAGCGUGCUCGGAGUGUCCCGGCACGCUAGUCAGCCAGAAAUCCGAAAGGCUUACAAGCAGCUCGUUAAGGAGUGGCAUCCGGAUAAAAACAAAGAUCCAAGUGCAGAAGAUAUGUUUAUCAAGAUUACUAAAUCAUACGAGAUCCUGUCAAGUGAGGAUCGCAGGGCGAACUACGAUCAGUUCGGCCAAACAGACGAGUCACCACAUGGUUUCCGCCACUUCCACGACAGCUUUUACUUCGAUCAGUCGUUUUUCCGUUUCACGCAGUCCACCCGAGAUUUUACCGACAGCAAGCACCUGCUUCAGUACGAGAAGUACAUGAAGGAAGUGGUGCCUGAUAGCUUCAAAAGGCCCUACCUGAUUAAGAUAACCUCAGAGUGGUGUUUCAGCUGCAUCCAUCUCGAACCCUUUUGGAAGGAAACGAUUCAGGAUCUGGAGCCACUGGGUGUGGGAAUUGGCGUUGUGGAUAUCGGUUACGAGAAGCGGCUGGCUAAUCAUCUUGGAGCCCGCAGCGCACCAUCCAUCCUGGCGCUCAUCAACGGCAGAGUGACCUUGUUCCAUAACUCUGUGUCCCGAGAGAACCUGAGGCACUUUGUUGAAAGCUUGCUGCCAAAUAACUUGGUAGAGAAGGUGACUGAUGAUGACUACGUACAGUUUUUGAACAGUUGGCGGGAAGAGAACAAGCCUAGAGUUCUACUCUUUGACGCUGCUGCUUCAGCACCAUUCAUCUACAAGCUGUCUGCAUUCGCUUAUCGGGACUUUGUGCGGUUUGGGUACGUGGAUCUCAGUGAGACUACACGUAUCCAGCAGCAGUUCAGCAUCAACAUGUACGCUCCUACCAUGCUGCUGUUUAAAGAGAACACAGAGAAACCUGCAGACGCCAUACAGUCCAGGGGAAUGAAAAGGCAAACCAUUGAUGAGUUUGUCUCUAGCAACCGGUUUCUGCUGGUGCCACGACUGGUCAAUCAGAAGCUCUUUGACGAAUUAUGUCCAGUUAAACAGUUCCACCGCCGCCGAAAAUACUGUGUCUUGCUUAUCACUGAGGAGGAUGAGACUUUUGAGUCUGUGAAUGACGCCUUCUUCGAUUUCGCCUCUUCUAACACUAAAGAGGUGGUGAGAUUCGCCUACGUCUAUCAGAGGCAGCAGCAGGCUCUCUGUGAUGCACUGCUCAAAAUGGAAGACAUGAGGCCUCCCCAGGUGAUCAUUCUGGAGAGGCGAAGCGCAUCAGGCAAGGUGCUGUACCGGACCAUGACAGGCGGCUGGAAUGGGAGUGACGACGAUAAGCACCGCCUUCACGAGCAGCUGGAACUCUUGCAGAGAGACCCGACGUUCCUCACUUAUGACGCCAUGCUGCCCGAACUGAACAACGAACUCGCCUCAAUGUUUCUAAUUCGGUGGAUGAAUGCUGCCUGUGAUUACCUUUCUCAAGCCUACUUUGACCUUUUCUACUCAAACUGGCGAGAGGUGAUGCCCAUCGUUUCUCUGAUCUUCUCUGCACUCUUCAUCCUCUUUGGCACCGUCAUCAUUCAGGCUUUCAGUGACUCCGAGGAAAAAACUGCCAAGCGCAAGGCUAAAGAAUCUCCGAAGAAAGCAGGGAGCAGUUCUGAUACAGAAAACACAUCCAGCCGUCCCCCAAAGAAGAACUUCGUGGAGGUGACUGAGUUGACAGACGUGACCUACACCAGCAAUCUGGUGAAAUUAAAGCCGGGACACAUUAACGUUGUGCUGGUGCUUACAGACACAUCCAAACAGGUCCUCCUAAAGAAGUUUGCCAAAGAAGUGUACUCAUUCUCAGGGUAUCAGACUCUUCACUACUCUUUCUUUAAUACUGACAAGCACAGUCAGUGGAUGGACUCACUCCUAGAGUUGGUACCCUCUGCCAGCCUUUCAGAGGAAGACCAAGAUGAAGAUGCAUCCUCCUCUUGUAAACCAGAUUAUACCGGCUACGUGUUGGCUCUUAACGGCCAUAAAAAGUACUUUUGCCUGUUCAGGCCUACAUUCAACAAGGAUGAGGAAAACACUGUACAACUCCAGCAUAAGUUGGACCGACUGAAUUUAUGGAUGGAGAAGCUGACAGAGGGCACGCUGUCCAGACACUAUGUCCCUGCCUGGCCUGAUCUCCAGACCCCAACCCCUAAUAAAUAAGGAGGUGGUUUGAAAUUUUGAGGGAAUCUUUUACAUUUUCAGGUCUGGACUCCACUGUGUGGCUUUUGUGUGUUGUGUUGAAAGCAGGAGUUUAUUGAUGUUUGAUUGGGAGUUGACCGCAGGUACAGUACAGUCUGUGUGUAGUAAGUGAAGCUUGAUUAGAAAAUGUACUUGCGCAGAACAUCAUACAGGAUUAUGCACUGGCUGAGUUUUUUUUUUUUUUUCUUC